GCGAGUUUUACUAUUGACUCUAGGGGAUGACUGAAGGGCAGGUAGCCGAAGACGCAUAUACUUUCCAAUCCCUUCCCGUCAAGGUCGACUUCCACGGCACGACUGAUGUGCGGGAGAAUUUUAACGCGUACACCACCGUUGAUACGCAGUCAGGGGAGCUGCGUAAUAGUUUCCGUGGCCGAGCCCUUGUAGGCCUGAACAUUGCGUUGCCGGAGAAUUACAGCAUCGCACUAGUGGACUUACCUCUGAGCAGCACGGACGAAAUCUGUCCAGAGGGAAAGCUGAAUAAGAUUAGUCGGACGGAAGCCUAUUCUGAGAGGCCCACGUUCGACACACCGUCGGAAGGCGCGUCUAGCUUUGUUUUGUCCGACCACAUUCUAGUAAGGCAGGUCUCAUCUCAUUAUAUCCUGUGGGAACAUGAUAAGCGGAUGGAAAAGGCUGAAAUAUUGAACCAAUGGAUCGAGCUUGCGCAGGCUAUUCACAGCUGAAGGCACAUACUAUUGCGUUUCGUUCUAACAACACAAUAUAAGAGGAAUUGUGACGGGAAAAGGUUACUGAGUAUGGUGGCUACGCCGUCUUCAAGGGUGGCGAUAAUAAUUCCAGUGGAAAGAAUGAGUCCCUUUACGUGAUGGGUUGGCUUUUGUGAGAUACUUCAAGUGUUCCCCAACACUUGUACCACACCAUAAGGAAUCUCGA